AGGGCUUAAAAUUAGCUCUCAAGAAUCCGAGAGGCGAUGCUGAAGGCCAACGGUGGUGAGUUUGGGCUCUCCUCUGCUCCGUGCCAGGUUAACGGAGCCAUGAAGCCCCCACGGACCCCCCGACCCUGAGCCGUGCACCGUAGCUCCUGCAGACAGCAUGAGGCUGCUCCGCCGCCGCUACAGCCCGCUGAAGGUGGCCCUGGUGGGCGCCGUCUUCCUCCUCUUCCUCUUCAUCCUACAGAGGGACGUCGGGGACGGCGACCCGCGCGAGGAGCCCUGGUUGAAGAACAUCGUCGAUGGGAAGGACCAGGUCAUCGACCUGAUGCUGGGCGCCGUGCACAACCUGCGUGACUCCAUGCCCAAGCUGCAGAUCGGGGCCCCGGUGCCUCCGGAGGAGCCGCCCCACAGCGCCCGCUCCUGUCCCUCUGGCUUCUACACGGCGGCAGAGCUGCGCCCGCUGCUGGAACGACCCCCCCAAGACCCCUCCGGCCCUGGGGCUGAUGGCAAAGCCUUCAAGAAAGAGCAGUGGACGGCAGAGGAGAGCAAGGAGAAGGAGAGAGGCUACGAGAAGCACUGCUUCAACGCCUUUGCCAGUGACCGCAUCUCCCUGCAGCGUGCGCUGGGACCCGACAGCCGCCCUCCGGAGUGCAUCGACCAGAAGUUCAAGCGCUGCCCGCCCCUCCCCACCACCAGCGUCGUCAUCGUCUUCCACAACGAAGCGUGGUCCACGCUGCUGCGCACGGUGUACAGUGUCCUGCACGCCUCGCCUGCUGCACUGCUCAGGGAGAUCAUCCUGGUGGACGACGCCAGCACGGACGAAUAUCUGAAGGACGAGUUGGACCGCUAUGUGAAGCAGCUGCAGAUUGUGCGGGUGGUGCGGCAGGCGGAGAGGAAGGGGCUGAUCACAGCCCGGUUGCUGGGAGCCAGCGUGGCGAGCGGCGAGGUGCUCACCUUCCUGGAUGCACACUGUGAGUGCUUCCAUGGGUGGUUGGAGCCCCUCCUGUCCCGCAUCGCCGAGGAGCCCACAGCUGUCGUCAGCCCCGACAUCACCACCAUAGACCUCAACACCUUCGAGUUCUCCAAGCCAGUGCAGUAUGGCAAGCAGCACAGCCGGGGCAAUUUCGAUUGGAGUCUCACCUUUGGAUGGGAGGUCGUGCCACCCCGUGAGAGGCAGAGGAGAAAGGACGAGACUGUCCCCAUCAAGUCCCCAACCUUCGCCGGUGGCCUUUUUGCCAUCUCCAGGUCAUACUUUGAGCACAUCGGUUCCUACGACGACCAGAUGGAGAUCUGGGGGGGAGAGAACGUGGAAAUGUCUUUCAGGGUCUGGCAGUGUGGGGGUCAGCUGGAGAUCAUCCCCUGCUCCGUGGUGGGCCAUGUCUUCCGCUCCAAGAGCCCCCACACCUUCCCCAAGGGCACUCAGGUCAUCUCCAGGAACCAGGUUCGUUUGGCUGAGGUCUGGAUGGAUGACUACAAGGAGAUCUUCUACAGGAGGAACCAACAGGCUGCACAGAUGGCCAGAGAGAAGACGUAUGGUGACAUUACAGAACGGCGCAGGCUGAGGGAGAGGCUGCACUGCAAGAAUUUCACCUGGUACCUGCAGAACAUCUAUCCCGAGAUGUUCGUCCCCGACCUCAACCCCACCUUUUACGGAGCAAUUAAGAACGGCGGCACCAACAGCUGCCUGGACGUGGGGGAGAACAACCACGGGGGGAAGCCGCUCAUCAUGUAUCCCUGCCACGGGAUGGGGGGCAACCAGUAUUUUGAGUACACGACUCAGCGCGACCUGCGGCACAACGUGGGCAAACAGCUGUGCCUGCGGGCGGGCGCGGGGCCGGUGCAGCUCGGGGAGUGCCGCUUCCGUGGGCAGCCCACGCGUGUGCCCCCCGAUGAGGAGUGGGAGCUGACGCAGGACCACCUCAUUAAGAACCAUGCAUCCCGGAUGUGUCUGACAGCACGUGGAAAGCACCCGGCCAUGGCCCCCUGCAACCCCUCGGACCCCCACCAGCUCUGGUCCUUCACCUAAUGGCAGCACACCGGGACCCAGCCACGCUCAGGGCACUGGCAGCCAACUCUUUCCCCUCGUUAUUAUUAUUAUUUUUUUUUAAUAUUAUUACCUUUUUUUUUUUUUUUUAAUUUAAAAGAAGCAAAAAGCCUUAAAUAUGCUGCAAUUCACGUCUGGCCUUGAACUCAGCCCUUAUGCCUUUUGCAAACCCCGUGGAGAUGGGGUGAUAAUGUGAGAAGCCCCAAAGAGGGGGCAUGGAGGAACCCCAAAGUGGGGUUGUGGAGGAACCCUAAAAGGGGGUCAUGGAGGAGCCCAAAAAGGGUCAUGGAAGAGCCCAGUGCUGCAUUUUAGUGCCUGGAUGGGAGAGAUGAUGCUGGACUCAUGCUGGACUCAUCGAAGAAACUCCAAACUUGCCCUUGGGGCAUUCCAGAAGCUGUCACAGCUGCCCCACAUCUGCCCCUUCCCUAUACCUGAGGAGGGCAGUGGGGUUGGCCCGGCUGUGGGAGAUGGACUAGGGGCUCAGCCCUAUAGAGAGGAGCUGGGAUGUAUGGGGUGGCUGCUGGGACUCAGCCCCACACCAGCAUCCAGUGUCCCCACUGAUGGUCGGGGAGAGGAACCUCAGGCAGCUCUCUGGGGCCACCUGCCUUAAAUCUCAGCCUUGAUUGUAGGGGAAACAUUAGAGGGUUGUUGUUAUUUUGGUCAUUAUGAUGUUGUGAUCGUUGUUUUUGGGGUGGUUCCGUUGGUCCUCGUGCUGAGCAGGAGGAAGGGGCAGGGCUGUGGGGUGCUCCUGGGUGCUAUGCUGGGGCCACCCAACCACAGUCCCUGCUGUUCCCCAGCCCCACUUCUCCCCCCACUCCAAUUUUGGUACCGUUUCAUUGAUAGUUGGGGAAAGCUCCUCCUGUAAAUGGAUGGGGAGGGUCCACCUUUGGGUACCUGACCUGAAAUAAAGAGAUGAUUUAUUUUACAGACCCCAUCUCGGCUCUGUU